AAUUGCAGCCAACACCGCAAAAAUCGAGUAUCUCAAGAAUGCUGAGACGUCGGUAACCAAUGGAAAUGCUGUUGAAGAUGAUGCCAUGAAUGUAUAUUGUAAGGAGAUGUUGGAUAAAACUUCAGUACAACAAGAUGUGCGCCCAAAAGAGACUCUUCAUGAACUCUCUAAAGCACCAACUCAGACUGCAAGACAUUCUUAUCCUCAGAACAGCAAUGUAAUUCAGCAAUGUAAUUCGAAAUCAUCUGCACAAAUCUCUCAUACAGCUCAAGCAAGACCUCUAGAAAGUAGAUCUUCAUCUAAUGUUAUUCAAGGGCCUGGUCUUUCUAGAAUUCUUCAAAAACAGAACAACUUGACAGAUAUGCUUGUGAAACAACAACUUCUUUCCACCUUACCAAGAGGGGAAAUUCCAACGUUUAGUGGAGAAAUUCUGCAGCACAUUCCUUCAUUCUUUUGAGCACAUCAUUGAAAGUAAAACUGAUGAUAAUGAAGACAGGCUGCACUUUCUCAUUCAAUACACAAGGGGGCUACCACAGGAGCUGGUUGCCAACAUGUCACCGAACCAAGGUUACCAAAAGGCAAAGCAGCUAUUGAAAGAACACUUUGGUAAUGCAUAUAAGAUUUCUUGUGCUUAUAUCGAGAAAGCUCUUUUCUGGCCUUCAAUCAAACCAGAAGAUCCAAAGGCUUUACAGGCAUUUGCAUUGUUUCUUAGAAGCUGCUGCAAUAGUAUGGAAGACUUGGAGUUCAUGGAAGAACUGGACACAGUCUCCAAUAUGAGGAGUAUUGCAUUCAAGCUUCCAUACAGAGGUGGCGCACAAAGGCAUUUGAGUUGCAAGAACAGAGGAGGAACAAGGAUUAUUGGUGCCCUGCCAACACUCCAGGACCUGUACUCUUCCAGAGUGAGGAAGAGAGCAGGUGUGACAAUCUUGUGCAUUAUUGGCACAUUAUCUGCACAAGGAAUUCCUGACACGGGAAGCCACGGUAACACAGGUUCCAGUGGGCCAAUGGAAAGCAGCACCCCGUUGCGAUGUGGAAAUGAGUCUCACAUCAGCUCAGGACAUUCCUGCUGUAACGAUACCCUAACUCUGGGAUUAAGCCAUCUGGUGGCUGACUGCUGUGGAUCUGAAGCUUUCAAUCCCCUAAAUGAGAUUUGCUGUAAUGGCAGUGUUUUCGUUCGAACCAGAGCUGACAUGACAUGCUACGAGGGCAAAGAUCGUUCACAUAGCUCUGCUCUGAGCAGUUCCACCGAACCAGAAUUGAAGUGUGGAUCAGAAACCUACAAUCCCAAGAAAGAAAUGUGUUGCUCAGGGAAACCGUAUAGAGCAUCAGCACUUAAUAAGUGCUGUGGGACAAAAGUGUACCGUCUGGGCGAUGACAAUGCGCUGUGUUGUAAUGGAACCCUUUAUCACGGCGUUUCUAAGAAAUCCGAGUGUGUCGCAGACAUUCUAUAUUCUCCAGACAACUCUACCUGCCACCUGCCUGCUCGUGCCCGUCUUGGCGAGCACUGUUGUGGAGGGAAAACCUUCAAUCCUGUAACACAUAUUUGCUGUAAUGGACACAGCCACUUGAAGACAAAUGGUAAUUUCUGUUGUGGUUCAGAUGUGUAUGACCACCACAAAAAGUUUAUGAAGUGCUGCUCGGGUCAUCUCUACAACGUUAUCAAUAACAAAGGGAAAGCAGAGUGCUGUGGAAACCUGUUGCUGGAGAAUAAAACCAAUCAAAUUUGCUGUUCUUCCUCAAACCAUGCCAUUCUCUAUAACACCAAACCAAAUCACCAUUGCUGUGGGCAUUACUACUUCAACACGUCCCUGUGGAGUUGCUGUGCUCAACGUCUCAAAUCAACACCAAGCCCUGGCUCUCAUGCAGAAGAGAGACUUAAACCACUAGUGGACCUGAUUCCUGACAUAUGCAAUAAAACAGUGUUCUUUGGUAAAGUGGAGAGUGUGGCACUUGACCUAAAUAAGCGGCACAUUGUGUUGAAAGUGGUCAAUGUCAUCGAGGACCCUUGGCUUAACGUGUCCCUGGAUCACUGCAACUCUCCUGUCCUGGAGAACGGCAUGACAUACCUUUGGGAGAAAAACGGCAAUGUGUACAAGCCUCUCUCCAUCUCUUUUGACCUAAUCUCUGACAUUCACAUGUUCUAUACUGUAUGUAAACAUAAGUGUCAAAAAGUAGGAUAGAAGUAUGGAUAUUUCCAGUCAUUUCGAAGCCCAUCCGUGUUGAUUUUCAUUAGAUGGCUGUUUUAAAGAGAAAUGACCACUGAACGUGACAGCUAUUAUCUUUCAAAGCUAGAAUCUUUGAGAAUAUCUCAGCAUCAUGGCAGAGGCAUUGCAUGUUGUUCAUCUGUGCUUUUUUUUUCCUCACUGGAUUUGUUUUCAUCCCAAAAUGGAUCGAUCCAGUUUGGAGUUUGGUGCAUUAAGCUACAUAUUUAGUCAUUCAGGUUAUUUUAAGGUUUGUAAUACACUAUUUGUGUUCUCUCCUUUAAAAUUUAAAUUGCUGUGCAGUGUUCAUUUUAUGUAUUACAAGUUGCACUGCAAUACCUAAUAAGCAAUUUUCAUCGUACUGUAUUUUGAUAUUCUAACACUCUCAGGUCUAUUCCAAUGUCUGUUCGGGGUUUAAUUGGCCAUUAUGCACUACAGCUCAAAAGUGCUUUUAAAGUUUACUUUUUAAAAGCAAUUAAUGUCUUGUUUCCUGAUUCACAAAAAUAUAGCAGUUAUUUCCUACCUAUAGUUUUUAAUUGUACUGAUGACAACUCAACUGUGAGUUGUAGAAGCUAUGUAUUUCGUUUUAUAUUCGAAUCAUUUCUUUUAAUUGAAUGACAAAUCUACUGUAGGUUUGUAGCUAUUUGCUAAACAAUGGUUCUCCUUCUCUAACUGUGCAAACACCUGAUUUGUAGUGUACUGUAAAAGCAUGCAGAUUCUAUAUACACAGCACAUUCAUUAACAAAUUGCAUAUCAAUUUCCAUGUAUUAACUAUUUUUAACUGUGAAGUCAAGCUAAUCACACAGCUUUCUUAUUGUUGUGCGAAGAAAGUUCACUCAUUCAGGUUAAUUAUAGAAAUACAGAUAUGGAA